AUGAAAAAAGCUUCACUUUCAAACGAAGAAAUUGCCCUAUUACCUUCUGUUGUUGAAUUUCGGUCGAAUAUGAGCAAACCACGUCAGAAAUUCACUCCGGUUAUACCAAAAGCUUGUGUAUUUGAUAUACCACCAGCUUAUCAAGAAACAUUAUCUGGAAAACAAUUUUUACUUAUGGAUUAUUACCUGAAACGUGCUAAGCAACGGGUGCUUGUGUUUGCCAGUGAUCAACAAUUAGACUUACUAUUUAACAGCGAUGUCAUUUUUGUUGAUGGCACGUUUAGUACAUCAUCCGGAAUUUUCGAUCAAGUGUUUCUAAUUCAUGUGCAACAAUUUAACCAAGAUUUUGAAUUAGCACUUGUUUCAGCGGUGCAUACAGAAUUUCCAAAUUCGUUGCACUCGGGAUGUUAUUUUCAUUUCCUUCAAGCGAUUCACCGAAAUAUUGCUAACUUGGGUUUGGCAUCUGAAUACAAAGAAAAUGAAACAAUACGUGAACAAUGUCGGCAAUUAAUGGCAUUAUCUCUCAUGCCUCCAGCGGAAGUUGAGAAACAGUUCAAGCGUAUUCGUGCAUUAUCAUCUGAUUCACUGGAUGAUUUGUUCACGUAUUUUCAACGUCAAUGGAUAAAUGGUAAUGUGCCAUUGACAUUAUGGAAUGCAAAUGAAUACGAUGAUCGAACCAAUAAUAUUUCAGAAGCAUUCAACAGGCGUUUUGGAUCACGUAUUGAGAAAAGACAUCCUAAUAUAUGGACGUUUAUUCGAUUAAUCCAAGACGAAGAAUUUCGAUUUGAACGGAUAUGCAUUCAACUCGCGUCUGGUGCUACGAAUACCAAAAAAUCAACAACGAAGAUAGCAUUUCAACGUCGAUUUGAAGCAUUAAACAACAGAUACAAACAAGGUGAAAUCAAUUCGAAACAAUUGUUGGCUGGAUUCACAUUAUUAGUUGGAGGGAAAAAAAAUAAAUAUAACUACAUUUUUAAUAUUUGCUUCUUUUUUAAAUUUAAAGUAAUAUUUUUAUUAUAUUGCAAAGAUAGAAUAAAUUAAUUUUCACAAUAUAUUAUUUUUCGAUAUUUUCCUAUCACAAGACUUCGUGUUCGAUGUUUUCCCCUUUUGCUGCUAAACAUUCGACAGUUUACUUUUCGAUAUUUUCCUACUUUUUUUCGACGUUCUCCUUUUCGGUUUUUUCCUUUUCGACAUUUUCCACCAAACCCGUUUAUUACCUAACUUGAUUAAGUUAGCGAAGAAAACAUUGUGUUCCUGCUUCAUCUGCAGCAGUUGAACGCGCAUUCAGUUCAGCUGGUGUUAUUAUAUCGCAGAGAAGAAGUAAUAUCAAUCCAUCAUU